UACGUGUUUGUGUUCUCAGAUCAUCCCCAUCCCUCCUAUUUCUGCGGGCCCAUGCAGCAUGUCGUCCUCUUCCUCGCUCUCCCUGGACGUGCAUCACUGGGGGCUGGUUGCACGUCAUCUAGACAACGUGCUGGACGUGUUUGCGCUGAGCAGGACAUCCAAGCGCAUGUUUGAUGAACUGGUGUAUCAGGUUCCAAAGCACUCCAUCGCCACAGAUCCGCCCGUCCGCGGCUCGCAACCAGGCCUACUCCUCCGCUGGGAUCGACCUCUUCUGCCCACUCACCGCAGCAGUGAUGGCGGUGAUUGCGGUGAUUGCGGUGAUGGUGGUGGUGAUGGUCAGAGAGCUAAGAGGCCUAAGAAGGAACAGAGGCGCAGCGGAGGCUCAUCACACCGUCGAACUCCCGCCCUGCCCGUCGACACCGCCAGCAGACGCCACCAACACUACCAACAACCCAGUGCAAGCACAUCCGGCUCAACCUUGCCCCAAGCUUGGGUGCGGUCAGAGGAGGAGGAGGAUUCGCAGCCAGCAAAGUCAAUCAGAUCCCACCCGCACGCAGGCGGAGAUCCGCGACUGUUGGCGCCGUGGCCAGAGGCGGCGUAUCCACUCUUUGAUCGCACAACAGACAUGAACGACAUUGUCUUUAAUCGCCAGCGGCUGUUUGCCUACGCGUGGAUUGGCCUCUGGAUCAACCCUUGUGCCAUGACAGAAGCAGAGCUCGCGUGGCUAGCAGCGGAUCCCCGAUGCAGCUCAUCCGUGCGCUUCUACCCGCUGUGGCCCGAUCGCCGCCUGCACAUGUACAUCGGGUGCGCCUGCGUUGCCCUAGGCACCGUAUCCGAGAGCACGCUCAGCUCCAUGAUCCCAAAUCUCUGCAGCAAACACAUUCUUUGUGACACUGCAGACACCCCAACUGUUGCCGCUGCCGCCGCAUUGGGCGCACUGCCUGUUCACGCCAACGAACUUCAACUCUGGCCCCAUGUUGACACGCGUGAAUCAAACGCGAUGCUCGACAUGAUGGCAAGGUGCACCAGCGUGACACGCGUCACCCUGCAGCAGGCAUCAGCACGUGCGCUGGAGCUGCUGCACUGCGUCCUGCGCUCUCGCGUGCGAUUGGGCCUCCCGCCCAUCCAGCAAUUGUCUCUACGAUCGAACCCGCUCUUCCAGACCCUCCGACCACCCCGGACCGUGUCAAACCUUGGCAACGUGCAGACGCUGCGCGUCCUGGCUGCCGGCGUUGAGGAGGUCUCCAACAUUUACGAUGUCGAGAAGCUGGAGCUUGCUGCUGACAGCCUGCGGCGCGUGGCGCAGCUGACCAACGUGCGCAUGGUCACCCUGAGCGUGCGCCGACGGAUGGAUCUGGGCUGCCUGCGUGGCGUCCAGCGCGUUGUGCUCAACUUUGUUCACACAGACGCCGACGUUGACAUGGACCUCAGCCUUGACCUGCAGCCGCUUGCACAGGCGCAGCACGUGACACUCAGUAGCGGAGCGUCCAUCACGAAUGAGACGCUGGGCCCCUUGGCGUGCGUGCCGAGUGUCCGUCUCACCAACCUGCAAGGGUUGACAAGUGUUAAUGCACUGGUGGACGUGGAGGAGCUCCAUCUCAGUGCAUGCGAUUACGUCGUCUCUGUUCCCAACCUCCCCCGCUGCAGGCACCUGAGUGCAACCGACACGCAGCUCCUUCCUUUGCUUCGCCGUGCAGGUCGCACUCUUGCAAGCGAGGAGGAGAUGUUCCCACAUCUGGAGCACCUGGUGCUGACAAGAGCAGAGAGAAUGACAUGGCCCAGCCACACACACGUUGACCUGACACCACUGCAGCGGCUGAGGAAACUACAGUCGCUGACAGUUAGAGUUGAGUUCUGCAGUGAGAAUUAUGCUGGCUUGGAGAGCCUGGUCCCGACCCUUCGCUCGUUGAAGCUUUACGCAUCACACGCAAAGCUGCUGACACCAGCACACGCCCAUCUCACCAGCCUCAACGUCAGCGACCUUGUGUAUACGCUUGACGUGUCGCUGCUGCCGGCUCUUCGCCACCUGACUGUGUCUGGCGCGCACUCCUUGGUCGUGUCGCUCGUGAUGGCGGCGCCGAUGGCUGACCCGCCAGUCGUGAAAGGUGUUGCUGCACACAGGCACUUGCAACGCGUGAGCUGUUCGCGUGUGCUGCUCAUGGAUGAAGCCGGUGAGUUGGAGGGCAAACAGGGAGGGCGAGGUGGCGGGGAUGAUGAGAACGGCAUGCAUGAGACUGGAGACGAACGCACAGGGCACACGCAUCACGAUGCUUGCGUUGAUGAUGAUGAUGACGACGACGACGACGACGGCAAAGGCGAUGCGCGUGACGAGCAAGAAGAGCCCGGUGAGCGAGCUGUAGGUCUGAAUGAAGAUAAUGACGGUAGUGGUGGUGGCGAUGACGGAGGCAGCGUGGGCGCCAACUGUGGCAAGCAACGUCGGCGUGGGAGCAACAGGAACGAGGUGGUGCUUGACGGAUUAGCGGAGGCGAAAUUGUGCAAUGUGCAAGGACGUGUAUCGCUCGUGAACACGCGCAAGGUGGAGCUGACAGCGUGCUCCAAGCUGCGCCUGAAUCGGGUACAUAACGUGAGAGAGUGCACGCUGAGCGACUGUGACCUGUCAAUUUGCGAAGACCUGUCUUUCUCCAACGUACACACGCUGCACCUAAACAAGUCAAAGCCCAGUGACUUUGCGUGCCUGUCGCAGGUGCAUCGCGUCGUGGUCGACACUAAACAGGAGUUGCUUGCAGGCACGUGCGAGCGACUUGCAGACACGAUUGGGCCUGGCACACGCAUGGUGAAGGUGACUGCGGCGUCCAAGCGUGUUUACGAACCACACAGGCCGCGGUUGACUGUGUGUGCACAUGACGCCGCCGGCGACAACGAUCUCAAGACCCGCCUGCGCGCACGCGCACGUGAUUACCGCGAGGAGACUGCACCGUGAACGGUGUGUGUGUGUGUGUGUCUGUCUGUGUGUCUGUGUCUGUGUGUGUCUGUGUGUGUCUGUGUGCGACAGAGAGAGAGAGAGAGAGAGAGAGAG